AUGGCUCCGCUGUGCGACUACUACAGUACCGGGCAGGUGUUUAUUGAGCCAGCGCCGCUGGCACUGCCGAUCGCCGCGGCAAUUCUGGACUUUCAUCAGUGGCGAGGCGCGUGCUCUCCGAAUUUAGUAGCGACGCUAUGA